AUGAUUGAAGCGGAGUUCAUCCGAGUGACGGCACGUGUGCGUCCGCCUUCAACCUCAGAAGAUCGAAUCGUCAGCGUUCGUGAUGAGAGAAGUCUGUGUUUCAAUCCGUGGAACCCGAAAAUAUUCGUAUUUGACUCGGUUUUUGGCGAAGACGUCACACAGGCCGAAGUUUUUGAAGACAUAGGGACCCGUAUAGUUGAUGGUUGUGUGGAUGGAUACAAUGGAACGAUCAUCGCAUACGGUCAGACUGGUUCGGGCAAGACGCAUACGAUGUUCGGACCUGCGAAUGUCGAGAACUGCCUUCUCGAUAGUCAGAAUCGUGGGCUGAUGCCACGAGCCUGUGACGCCCUAUUUAAGAAAUUGUGUGCAAGGGCUGCAGAGAGCGUUCAAUUGCUUGGUGUCUCAGAACACAGAGUUCAGUCCAGUACUGACAUGAUGCGGGUUCUCGAAAUCGGAUGGGAAGCCAGACAUACGGCUGAAACGGCAAUGAGUCGGGAGUCAUCACGAUCGCAUUGUAUUUUCAGUGUGGAUGUGAAUACCGAGGAACUAGUGAACAACAUUGUAAAUAAAAGAUGUGCUACCUUAAACCUUGUGGAUCUGGCAGGAUCGGAGAGGCAGACACAAUCAAAAGCUUUCGGCGACCGAUUCAGAGAGGCUAUAAACAUCAAUUCGUCAUUGGUUGUUCUUGGCCGGGUUAUACGAACGCUAUCAGAUGUAAAUCGUCGUGGUGAGCAUAUACCGUAUCGCGAUUCGAAAUUGACCCAUAUUUUGCGAGACUCAUUAGGAGGUAACAGCAGGACAGCUGUCAUCGUGAAUGUCCACCCUGACAUCGGCUAUUAUUCGGACACGAUUUCGGCGUUGCAGUUCGCCGCGGAUUGUAGAAAAAUUGAAAAUCGUGUAUGUGCUAACGAGGACUUAGCGGCUGACACAGUGAUGGCGUACAAGUGCGAGAUUGCCCGUCUUCGUGAAGAACUUCGUCUUGUUGAGAAGACUCAUUCAGUGGUGCGCGAUAUUUUAUCACAACUUUGGAAGAGAAUUGAGUCAGUGAAUACACUUGAAGAGCUUACAAAAGUCCAACUUAAAAACGACCUAUCAAGCGCUCGAAGCGAACUCGAUCGGUUGCAACUCCGGUACGAAUCUGCAGAAGCGACUAGAAAAGCUCUCAACGAGAAAUGCAAUAAUUUCCUUGAGCAAUGUAACGAAACAUUUCUCGAAACUCCACAUCGUCGUCUUAAUCUUAAUAUGACGCAUGUGCACGGCAAGAAUGCGAAAACUCCAGCUCGGCGAAGAGAGGAACGUCGCCAGAGCUUCUACAUACCUGUUUUUGGUAAUCAUGAUGGAACAUCGCGGGUAUUCAGACCAGUUCUUUUUGGGGAGAACGAAGAAAGUGGUGCACAAAUUCAAGGAGUUGUCUUGGAAAAAGAAGCUGCUCUUAAGGACAUUUGCGAUAAGCAGAAGAGUCGGUCGAAGCAAUGGCUCGAGGAGAAGACGUUAUUUGUUCAAAAGUUUGGUUUGCUAUGCGCACGCAUAGGAGGCCUGCAAGUAGAACAACAGGCACGCUUGGAAGAGGUUAAGAAAUUGCAAGAGCAAAUAGAGCUGCUGAGCGAUAGUAUUUCUUCAUGUAACGACGAGAAAUGCCUCUUAGAGCAGUCAGCUAAGAGUCUACAUUCCGAUAAACUCGAUCUUGAGGAUAAAUUUCAAGGAAUGCAAAAUGAAAGUGAACGGCUUUUAGCGGAGCUGAGAGGCAAACCCGAAUUGGAGACUGACAUUACUGAACUUCGACUGAAACUUAGCGCUGCACAACAAGAUAACUAUAGUCUUCGAAUCAGAAACGAAGCCGUGGAGAAGGAACGUCAUUCAGAUUUAAGAGAACAUGUCGGGCUUGAAGAGUAUUGUGCGAUUAUGAAUACGAAAUUUGACAAAGAAAUCGAGUGGUUGAAAAAGAUGCACGCAGAGGAGUUAUAUUGCAAAGAAAAGACUAUUGAGCUGGAGCAGAAUUAUCACGAGAAGACAAGGAAAGUCCGUUACGAGAAUCACAUUUUGGAGGAGCGAAAUAAUGAACUAGAGCCGGGAACGAAACGCUACCGAGGUGCAGAGGGAAGAACGGAGCCGGGGCCGUCAAAAUCCGGAGUCGCAACGAGAUCUACAGCUCAUAUUGGAACGAAGUGA